AUGGAUAAGCUGCAAUGGGGGAACAGAAAGAGGCUGAGGUGUGUCAAAGUAAAAGACUCUUCUUUGAACGGAAAAUCAGACGGCGGCGGCGGCGGCGGCGGCUGUGGAGGUGUUGUGAAGAAGAAAAUAACUUCACGGGUGGUGGAUAAUAAUAGCCACAGCAACAUGAACGGUAGUAAUAAUGUUAAUAACAUAAGUAAAGAUGCCCAUUUUCAUCAUCCACCUGCUCCGUCUCCUCAUCGACCUAACAGGGAAUUGGGGAUGAGCAGAUCUAUCACGAACGAGUGCCGAAAAGCAUCAACAUCCUCGUUAUCGACCGAGAAAGAAGACAGGUAUUACACGACCAGGGGAUCGGUCGGGGUCGGGUUUGAUGAUGGUGGCAAGUAUCCAAAGGAGGAGAAUAGGAAAGUUGUUUGGCCCAAAUUGCUAGUUUCACUGUCUAGCAAGGAGAAAGAGGAAGACUUUAUGGCCAUGAAAGGUUGUAAACCACCUCAAAGGCCCAAGAAGAGGGCCAAACUCAUCCAGAGAACCAUAUUAUUAGUGAGUCCUGGUGCAUGGUUAACAGACUUGUGCCAAGAGAGGUAUGAAGUGAGAGAGAAGAAGACUUCGAAGAAGAAACCCAGAGGACUGAAGGCCAUGGGAAGCAUGGAAAGUGAUUCAGAAUGA